GGAUGUCAACUUCCAGGACAGCUGGUGGUGGACAGGUCUGAUGUGUGCAGCUGCGGCAGGGCAGCGGGGUGUCGUUAGGCUCCUCCUCCAGCAGGGGGCGGCGUGGGUGGGCGUGGUGGACACGCAGGGCCGGGACGCCAGGGAGCUGGCUAGGAGGGCGGGGCAUAGCGGGGUCCUAGAGGAACUGGACUGCUACGGGUCUCCGUAUGACCAUGAGACGGGUGAUCGCGACCGGCGUGGGAGACAGAGGGGUGAACCCAACCACCAGGACCAGAGUUCUCCCCCAGCAACAGCAGCAGACCAGAGCCAUCAGAACCAGUCAAUCCAGACCCAGUGGUGUCCAGUCUGCAGUGUCCACUACACCUGUCCUCCAGAGACGCACCUCUCCUCCACCCUCCACCUGUUCUCUCUCUCCCGCCCCUGCCCCCCUCCCCACUACUGCCUCCCCCCCUCCACCCCCGCCUACCAGAUGAUGCUGCGCUCUGGAUGGACCCCUGGGGGGGGGCUUGGGCCCGAGGGGGAGGGUCACAAACAGCCGGUCCGGACCGUCCUGAAGAGAGACAGCAGAGGCCUGGGGUACGGACCCACGCCCCGACCCAAGGUCACACACUUCCAACCUAAGGACCCGCAGGCAGUCAGACGGACGGGGAAGGAGGGGCGGGGGGAGAGGGGGAGGAGGGGGAUGAAGGAGCAGAGCAAGAGGGAGGAGAAGGACAGGAACUGGGAGAGGGACUUCCGCUCUUCGUUUAACACCUUUGACCCCUGACCUCUAAACUCUGAUGUCAUCACCUGUUGUAGUCAGUGUCUCUCUGUAGUGUACACUCUGCUCUCUCUCUCUCUCUCUCUCUCUCUCUCUCUCUCUCUCUCUGUCUCUC